AUGGCCUCUACUGACUGGGAAGCCCCAAGCGUCCUAGUGAUAGUCGAUAACUUCAGUUCUUGGCUAGAAUUGGUGCCGGUCCCCACUCAAGACAGUAAUUCUGCUAUCACUGGUAUCCUGUCGUGGUGUCUACGCUACGGGCUCCCACGUACUAUCCAAUCCGACAGAGGCGGGAGUUUCGUAUCCGAGGUCACACGCUCUGUCUUCGAAGCCUUUGGCGUACGAAGCAUCGUCGGUGCUGGACACCAUCCACAGCCUCAAGGCAGUGCUGAACAAUGUGUCGGCGCUGUGAAAUCUGGAAUUCGCCGUCUACUAGCACAUGUGCCUGCUGCCGUUGUUCUGGAGAAUCUACAAUGGAUUGCUCGUAUCCACAACGUGUCAGCUCGGUAUGGCGAGGACGUAACGCCCGAGGAACUUGUCUAUGGUGGAAAGACCCGCGAUGCUCUAGACCUCCUCCUCAACGAUGUCACAAACGCCUCAUCUGUUAUAAGUCGAAGUGAUUACCUACACGAGUUACGUGAUAACUUGGAAUCUAUUCAUGACCAUUGGCGUCGGAUCAUCGCGGAACAACGAGUUUCCGGUCUUGCUGACAGGCUCCGCAUCGAGCCGACCGUCGAAGUGGGCGACAGAGUUUGCCGUGUGUUUGUCGAUGGAUUACACAAAAGGAAGGUCACUGGUCCUUUUACCAUUGACUCUAUCAACGAAACACAUACUAUGGCCAAGUUUACUGAUGGCGGUGAUGCUCCACUUUGGCAACUCUUCACAGUGCCAACCGCCCAUCUGUCUAACUCGUACGGUGAUUUCGCUCUUCCACAAUCCAGAGAGCUUCGACAAAUACCACUUGAAGACCUACAUACGGGAGAUCUGGUUGCUUUCAGAACAAUGGAUGGAACUGAUGACGAUACUACUUUCAUCGACUUGGCCGAAGUUCUCUAUAACAACGUCGUAGAUGAGGAAGUCGAGCUACGCCGGCUUCUGGUUGAUGAUGACGGCAGAUGGCAUAGACUGACUGCUGACCACUCAAGUGCCGACCCUUUUCCUGUCGAUUACGCGGCUAUUGUUUGUUGCGGACCUGAUGUUAAACUUAAUAAGAACGGAAGUAUGGCCAAGAGCCUCCGCACCCUCCUUCAGAAGGCCGGUGUCCCUUCUUAA